AUGCGACCCGAGGAAUUGCUGCUGCUGCUGCUGCUGCCGCCAGUUGGAUGUGCAGCGAAGAAUACAGCAAGUGGACAAGUCUCCGUGCUUUUCUCUACCGACAGCCGUCGAGUGGGAGUGGUGGAAGUCCAAACGCCCUUCACCUUGACGGCUGGUGAAAUUGUCGUGGUUUCCUUCAAGGAGGAAAUUGUGAUUCAUGCGUGA